GUCAAAAGUGUCGAGAAAUCCCCGAUCCGCUCGUACUGCGGUUAGGAAGGGAAGGUUCUCGUAACCUUUUUUUUAUUUUUUAAAACCCCUCUCGUUAGGAAUAACAUUUAAAAAAAUCACCUUGAAUGUGUCGCUCAUGAUAAUAAUGAACUCGUCGUCUACGUGUGCAAAAGUGGAGCUUGAUUAUUUGUGAUCCCGCGGUGCCCCGGCGAAAAAAAAAACGUUCAAACUGGCGACCGACAGUGGCAGUGGCAAGUCAAACAUGGCUUCUUCGGCCCGAAUUAUCCAAAGUAAUUCGGCCUGGUUUCAGAAGAAAAUUAAUCUGAGACCGCAGCACCGGGGCGUGCACCUGGUCACCGAGGAAAUUUUAAGGCAGAUCCCGGAAUUGUCGCAGUUCGCGAUGGGGCUCUGUCACGUCCAAAUCCUUCACACCAGUGCAAGUUUAGCCCUAAAUGAGAGUUGGGACCCCGAUGUUAGAGAUGACAUGGAAAUGAUGCUAAAUAAAAUCGUCCCGGAGGGCUUACCUUACAGGCAUUCUUGCGAGGGACCAGACGACAUGCCGGCCCACGUGAAAGCGUGUUUCUUAGGCUCGUCGUUGACGAUCCCGAUUACCGAAGGGAAGUUGAACCUGGGCACCUGGCAGGGCGUGUGGCUGUGCGAGCACCGGGACCAUGCGGGCUCCCGUAAACUCCUCGUCACGUUGAACGGGUGCCUGCGGGACGCCAACUGUACCCCAUUGAGUCCCGUCAGUCCGAUGGCGAGCACGAGCAGUUAGGGAAAGCACUCGGGGCAUUCUCUCUCCAAGCACUGAGGAUCGCCCCGAGUCUAAACCGAUAUUAAUAGAUAAAAAGGUCUUUUGAGGACUUUUUAAGAUAAAAGAAGAAGAAGAAGAAAAAAACCAAAUACCUAACGACAAUAUGUACAUAGGUGUAUAUUGUAUCAUAUUUCUCAAUUUUUUUUUUUCAUUUUUUGUUUUGGUGUAGAUAGUAACUAAUUGAUUUUAUAAGUUUUAUUACUAUGUGGGUUGUGGAUUUUUCGGGCAUGGAACAGUGAUUUUAUUGAAAUAUACUUUUAUUUUAAUUUU